AUGCUGUCGAGGGUUGCUGGGUUUGGGCUUAGGCUAAAUUUGGCUGGGUCAACAAAAACGACAUCUCAGACGACAUCGCAGACAACAUCGCGGAAAGAGCCAACAGCGGGGCAACGACAAAGCUACAACAACCAAGACCAGCCUAGCAAACGUCGCUUAAGAAAUGUCCUUCGAAAUGAGUUUUUGGAUCCAUUAUGCCCGUCGUUUCCGCCUCUUGAUCACGAUGACCAUUUGUUGGUACAAAACUUCGAUGCAACAAGGGCGUUUCAUAAGCUGCAGCUUUCAUUGUGUCAACACAAACGGAAACUAUCACUCAAAGAUUACAUCUACUGCGCCAUGGCAGCCACCCAUAUUUUGCUCUUGUCACGAAAUCAGUAUCCAGAGGAUUUAUCAUUCUAUUUCAGAAAUCACGACCUCAAGGCAAGCAUCAAUGGGAUUGAAACUAAAUUUGGCAUUAGAAAGCUUCCAAUGUCAAUGGAGACGACUACUGACACAUAG